AUGGACAGAAGAAACAACCAGAGAAAAGGGGCCAUCGCUCAUCAGGACCAAAAGGUUCAUCAUCUCAAAGUGGCUCUUACUCGAGCUAACGAUGAGCUCUACAGUCUGACAAUUCAGAUGAGCGACCUGGAGGUAUUUAAGAAACAAUCUCUGAUUGAAAAGGAGAGUUUCUGCCGCAGCGUCAGCGAAGGUGAAGCCAAAACAAGCAGUCUGGAGAAACUUCUCGAGGUCACUAAAGACAGGAUCAAACAUCUUGAGAGCCUUCGAGAACUCAAAGAGACGGUGACCACGGCUGAAAGCCAAAAAAGCCGAGAGACCAUCAAGAAACAGGAGACAGAAAUCUCCCAUCUGAAGAAAAGUCUCCAACUCCAGCUGAACAACAAAGGAGCUGAACUCCAGAAGAGUGAAGAAGCCUGGCAGGCUAAAUACAACGCUCUGGAGGAGAAGUUCACCAAGAACCAGGCCAAGACACAGAACUGGGAGAAGCUGCAGAUCGAAUAUAAGGAGAAGGUGAACCAGGUGGAAGAGCAAAUCCACCAGAGGGACACUGAAAUCCUGGAUCUCUGCAUGGAGAAAGAGGGUCUCUCUCAGACCCUCACAAAGACCAAGACCCUGCUCAUCAGCAAAGAGGCUGAACUCCUCCAGACUGAGAAAGACUGGCAGGAGAAAUUCAACAAUCUGGAGAUGAAAACCACCAAAGACCUGGACCAGAAGGACCAGAGCUUGGAGACUCUUCAGGUUGAACACCAGAGGAUGAUGAACCAGGUGGAGGAGACAAUCCACCAGAGGGACACUACAAUCCUGGAUCUCUGCAAGGAGAAAGAAGGUCUCUCUCAGACCCUCACAGAGACCCAAAACCAGCUCAGCAACAAAGAAGCUGAACUCCUCCAGAAUGAGAAAGACUGGCAGGAGAAAUACGAGGCUCUGGAGAUGAAGACCACAGAAGACCUGGACCUGAAAGAACAGAGCUUGAAAACUCUUCAGGUCGAACACCAGAACAAGGUGAACCAGAUGGAAGACCUGAUCCAGCAGAGGGACACUGAGAUCCUGGAUCUAAUCAUGACAAAAGACAGUCUCUCUGAGAAGCAAACAGAGACCCAAAACCAGCUCAUCAGCAAAAGAGCUGAACUCCUCCAGAGCAACGAGGCCUGGCAGGUUAAAUACGACGCUCUGGAGGAGAAGACCUCCAAAGACCUGGACCUGAAACAACAGAGCUUGGACACACUUCAGGCUGAGUACCAGAGGAAGGUGAACCAGGUGGAGAAACAGAUCCACCUGAUGGACACUGAGAUCCUGGAUCUCAUCAAGACAAAGGCCGAUGUCUCUGAGAAGCUCACAGAGACACAAAACCAGCUCAUCAACAAAGAAGCUGAACUCCUCCAGAGCGAGAAAGACUGGGAGGUAAAAUACGAAGCUCUGGAAGAGAAGACCUCCAAAGACCUGGACCAGCAAGUUCUGAGCUGGGAGACCAAAGUCCAACAGCUGGAGGACGAAAAGAAGGUCCUGGAGGACAUCUGUCUCCAGAUGAAGAAGAAGAGGAGAGGCUUCUUUGACGGUGCCAUGGACAGAAGAAACAACCAGAGAAAAGGGGCCAUCGCUCAUCAGGACCAAAAGGUUCAUCAUCUCAAAGUGGCUCUUACUCGAGCUAACGAUGAGCUCUACAGUCUGACAAUUCAGAUGAGCGACCUGGAGGUAUUUAAGAAACAAUCUCUGAUUGAAAAGGAGAGUUUCUGCCGCAGCGUCAGCGAAGGUGAAGCCAAAACAAGCAGUCUGGAGAAACUUCUCGAGGUCACUAAAGACAGGAUCAAACAUCUUGAGAGCCUUCGAGAACUCAAAGAGACGGUGACCACGGCUGAAAGCCAAAAAAGCCGAGAGACCAUCAAGAAACAGGAGACAGAAAUCUCCCAUCUGAAGAAAAGUCUCCAACUCCAGCUGAACAACAAAGGAGCUGAACUCCAGAAGAGUGAAGAAGCCUGGCAGGCUAAAUACAACGCUCUGGAGGAGAAGUUCACCAAGAACCAGGCCAAGACACAGAACUGGGAGAAGCUGCAGAUCGAAUAUAAGGAGAAGGUGAACCAGGUGGAAGAGCAAAUCCACCAGAGGGACACUGAAAUCCUGGAUCUCUGCAUGGAGAAAGAGGGUCUCUCUCAGACCCUCACAAAGACCAAGACCCUGCUCAUCAGCAAAGAGGCUGAACUCCUCCAGACUGAGAAAGACUGGCAGGAGAAAUACAACAAUCUGGAGAUGAAAACCACCAAAGACCUGGACCAGAAGGACCAGAGCUUGGAGACUCUUCAGGUUGAACACCAGAGGAUGAUGAACCAGGUGGAGGAGACAAUCCACCAGAGGGACACUACAAUCCUGGAUCUCUGCAAGGAGAAAGAAGGUCUCUCUCAGACCCUCACAGAGACCCAAAACCAGCUCAGCAACAAAGAAGCUGAACUCCUCCAGAAUGAGAAAGACUGGCAGGAGAAAUACGAGGCUCUGGAGAUGAAGACCACAGAAGACCUGGACCUGAAAGAACAGAGCUUGAAAACUCUUCAGGUCGAACACCAGAACAAGGUGAACCAGAUGGAAGACCUGAUCCAGCAGAGGGAGACUGAAAUCCUGGAUCUAAUCAAGACAAAAGACAGUCUCUCUGAGAAGCAAACAGAGACCCAAAACCAGCUCAUCAGCAAAAGAGCUGAACUCCUCCAGAGCAACGAGGCCUGGCAGGUUAAAUACGACGCUCUGGAGGAGAAGACCACCAAAGACCUGGACCUGAAACAACAGAGCUUGGACACACUUCAGGCUGAGUACCAGAGGAAGGUGAACCAGGUGGAGAAACAGAUCCACCUGAUGGACACUGAGAUCCUGGAUCUCAUCAAGACAAAGGCCGAUGUCUCUGAGAAGCUCACAGAGACACAAAACCAGCUCAUCAACAAAGAAGCUGAACUCCUCCAGAGCGAGAAAGACUGGGAGGUGAAAUACGAAGCUCUGGAAGAGAAGACCUCCAAAGACCUGGACCAGCAAGUUCUGAGCUGGGAGACCAAAGUCCAACAGCUGGAGGACGAAAAGAAGGUCCUGGAGGACAUCUGUCUCCAGAUGAAGAAGAAGAGGAGAGGCUUCUUUGACGGUGCCAUGGACAGAAGAAACAACCAGAGAAAAGGGGCCAUCGCUCAUCAGGACCAAAAGGUUCAUCACCUCAAAGUGGCUCUUACUCGAGCUAACGAUGAGCUCUACAGUCUGACAAUUCAGAUGAGCGACCUGGAGGUAUUUAAGAAACAAUCUCUGAUUGAAAAGGAGAGUUUCUGCCGCAGCGUCAGCGAAGGUGAAGCCAAAACAAGCAGUCUGGAGAAACUUCUCGAGGUCACUAAAGACAGGAUCAAACAUCUUGAGAGCCUUCGAGAACUCAAAGAGACGGUGACCACGGCUGAAAGCCAAAAAAGCCGAGAGACCAUCAAGAAACAGGAGACAGAAAUCUCCCAUCUGAAGAAAAGUCUCCAACUCCAGCUGAACAACAAAGGAGCUGAACUCCAGAAGAGUGAAGAAGCCUGGCAGGCUAAAUACAACGCUCUGGAGGAGAAGUUCACCAAGAACCAGGCCAAGACACAGAACUGGGAGAAGCUGCAGAUCGACUAUAAGGAGAAGGUGAACCAGGUGGAAGAGCAAAUCCACCAGAGGGACACUGAAAUCCUGGAUCUCUGCAUGGAGAAAGAGGGUCUCUCUCAGACCCUCACAAAGACCAAGACCCUGCUCAUCAGCAAAGAGGCUGAACUCCUCCAGACUGAGAAAGACUGGCAGGAGAAAUUCAACAAUCUGGAGAUGAAAACCACCAAAGACCUGGACCAGAAGGACCAGAGCUUGGAGACUCUUCAGGUUGAACACCAGAGGAUGAUGAACCAGGUGGAGGAGACAAUCCACCAGAGGGACACUACAAUCCUGGAUCUCUGCAAGGAGAAAGAAGGUCUCUCUCAGACCCUCACAGAGACCCAAAACCAGCUCAGCAACAAAGAAGCUGAACUCCUCCAGAAUGAGAAAGACUGGCAGGAGAAAUACGAGGCUCUGGAGAUGAAGACCACAGAAGACCUGGACCUGAAAGAACAGAGCUUGAAAACUCUUCAGGUCGAACACCAGGACAAGCAAACAGAGACCCAAAACCAGCUCAUCAGCAAAAGAGCUGAACUCCUCCAGAGCAACGAGGCCUGGCAGGUUAAAUACGACGCUCUGGAGGAGAAGACCACCAAAGACCUGGACCUGAAACAACAGAGCUUGGACACACUUCAGGCUGAGUACCAGAGGAAGGUGAACCAGGUGGAGAAACAGAUCCACCUGAUGGACACUGAGAUCCUGGAUCUCAUCAAGACAAAGGCCGAUGUCUCUGAGAAGCUCACAGAGACACAAAACCAGCUCAUCAACAAAGAAGCUGAACUCCUCCAGAGCGAGAAAGACUGGGAGCUAAAAUACGAAGCUCUGGAAGAGAAGACCUCCAAAGACCUGGACCAGCAAGUUCUGAGCUGGGAGACCAAAGUCCAACAGCUGGAGGACGAAAAGAAGGUCCUGGAGGACAUCUGUCUCCAGAUGAAGAAGAAGAGGAGAGGCUUCUUUGGACAGGAGUUUGGCAACUUCCAACACGAGCUGGAGAAGAAGAAGAAGAAGAAGAAGAGAGGAAUUAUAAAUAAGAGAGGAGGGAAGAUGAGGGAGAGGAGCGGAUCAAAGCCACCUGGGACGGAGAGAUAG